GUUCACUUCGGAAAACGGCCAUAUAUGGUAAAGACGGAUGUGAAGCAGGAUGUAUACAAUUAUUUUACAUUACAAAAUAUUCACCGUUUACCAAUAAUGUUCGAGUAUUUCAGCUUCGACAAUUUCGUGAAAUGUUAUUCGUCAGAAAUCCGGACAAAUGUUCAUUUUUGCAUAGAACAAUUACGUGCGUAUUAACGGCAAUAUAAACGCGGUGUUUUGCAACUAAUAGAAGUCUACAAAAGCGUUAUCAACGUGAUUUGACGACAUGAAGCCAAUUUUGUCAUUCGGACUUGCGUUCUUUGCAUUAUUUGCAAAUGUCGUUGCAGAUAAGAAGUGUUUCUGCCACGUGGCUUUGCCAGGCGACAGAAGAAUUAUUAAGGACCUGGGUGUCGUAGAUACACAAAGAGGCUGGUUGUGGACCCGCUGUCGUCGCAUGAUCAACUGCCCAAACAUUUGCGACAAGGCAGUGAAGGACUGGAGCUGUCACAACGUGGAAGAAUGCAACGCGCUGACCAAUGGUAAAAAAAUCAUCCACCAUUACAAGGCGGCUUCGUGCGGCGAAGGCUUUGGUCACAAUGAGAUCGCCUGCGGACAACACUGUUAAAAGUAUUAUUCCGUGUAGAAGAUAACAAGAUAGACUCAAAUUGAUUUUACUUUAAAUCUUACAACUGGCUCUGGCCUUCUCUAAGUACAUUCAAGUUGCUUCUAACAUCAGUUUCCAUUACCAACCUAUAUAAUAUGGCAAACUUUAUAUUUACUAUCGAGAUAUUGAGAACU